AAGAAGAAGACCAAUCAGAUGACUGAAAGGAAGACCAGAUUUUGCUGACCUAGACAGAAGAAGUUUAGAUUCAGUUGAGUGAAAGUAAGACUAUAAAGAUGAGCCUGUGGCUGCUGAUGAUUUGGGUAUCUCACGCUAUGGGAUCAGUAACAGAGCCGUCCAUCGUGACGCAGUGGCCGAUGGUGGCUGAGGUGACGGCUGGAGAGGACGUUGUUUUAAAAUGCAAUAUUAUAGAGUUAUACUCCUCGUGUUCAGCAGUGACUUGGCUGAGAGUCAAUUCAGAAAACGCAACAAUCAGCCUCACCAACAGACUUCAAAUGGAUGCUCAUAACUCUGAAUCUGUAAAAAGCAUCUGUACUGCUGUUAUCACUAACUCAACGGUGCAAGACUCCAGUAUUUACUACUGUGCAGCUGUUCAUGGCCGCUUCGCUCACAUUGGCAAUGGAUCCAGAGUCAUUGUGAAAGAACACACUGUGCUUCCUGUUAUUGAUAUUCUUACGCCGCUGAUCAAGAAUGCUCCUUUAGUCCCGCUUCAGUGUGUUGUGACGGGGGCCAAAUCUUCACAGGUUCAAAUGCACUGGUCUGUGGAGGGAAGAAAAGAGAAAGGACAGGCAGUUUUGAGACAUGGAAAUGAUGGUGCCGUUCAGAUCAGCAGGAACCAGAUCCUGAUCACUGCUGAGCAAUGGGAGAGGAAGAUACAGUGUGUGUGCGUAGUGGAAUUGGGAGGACAGAUCUUUACCAAAUCUCUUCAGACACAUGAUGCUGUGAAUGUAUGCCAUGCUGUAAAAUACAUAUACUUGUCUCUGUGCUUAAUCUUUGCUCUCCUGCUCGUGACAACAGUCACAAUUUAUAAACUGGGAUGGGAAAAGUUUAUAAAGAUCUUUAUGAGCAAAAAGUCUAUAGUUUAAAAAAAAAAAGCUGUUGUCUCACAGCAAGAGGGUCACUAGUUCGAGUCCUGACUGGACCAUUAGUCAUUUUUAUGUGAAGAUUGCAUGUUCUCCCCUUGUUCACAUGGGUUUCCUCUGGGUGCUCUGGUUUCCCCCACUGUCUAAAAAUAUGUAGUAGAGGUGAAUUUGGUAUACAAAAUCGGCCACAGUGUAUGUGUGUGUGUGUGUGUGUGUGUGAAUAGGAGAGU